AUGGUUUGUCAGAAUCAAGAACAUGUUAUUGACUCGGGAUUCAAAUCACUGCAAAAGAAAGAUAGGCCCAUCUUCUUGAAGAAGUUGAGUAAUGUUUGGGAUCGACAUUGGAGAACUACUUUUGGUAGCAGUAGUCCUCGAUAUUCAGCUUCCAAUACAUUAAUGAUCGAAUUCGAUGAUGUACCCGAGAAAACACUCUUGAAUCCUCCAAACACAGCUGUGUUUGCUCCUGAGUACAAGUUUGAGGAUGACGAUGAUAAUGUACUAGCUCAAGAAGGGGAACUGUGGAAGUUCUUGGAUGGGCUAUCUAGGGCUGAAGAUGUGGGCUCUUAUGUGAAGGCCAAUCCAUACGGGCCUCCUGCCAUAACAGCAGCCCAUCCCGACUGGGCUUAUUACCAAGAGAUCAUACAUGCUCAUGGCGGAAGCAGUUGA